CUAGUGUAGCGAUGAUAAAUUUGACAAUUUAGUAUCAUUUACACUAGUCGAAAAUAAAUCAAGGAAUGAAGAAAUAUAUACAACCGUUUUUAGUGUUAAGCGUUUUGGCUGCAGAAGUAAUAUGUGGGAAAACGACACCAUGCGAGGACAACUGGUUAGCCUUUCAAGGCUCUUGCUAUUUGAUUGGACACGAUAACUUGCAUUUUAUUGAAGCACAGCGUUUCUGUGAACAUCACGGCGCUUAUGUUGUACACAUCAAUGAUGCCAUAGAAAAUAUCUUCUUGAAGAGCUUUUUGGGCGAUUUAAAAGACGACAUUCAUUGGAUUGGGUUGACAGACGAAGUAACGGAUGGUAUUUGGAAAUGGUCUGAUACUGAUACAGUUGCUACAUACUUUAACUGGUUACCUGGACAGCCGAACAAUGGGAAAUCCGGUAACUGUGUUGCAAUGCGAGCUGAAUACCACUACGAAUGGACAGACGACGCAUGUUCAGCAUCGUUCAAGGCCUUAUGCGAAAAAAGGCCUGCAAGAGAACCAGAAAUUAUUGGUUAAAAUAUAUACGAUGAGGAAUUUAUGUUAUGAUCUAAAAAAAAGAACAUAAAAUAAUGACAUGAAAUAAAUUUUGUACAAAAAC